CGCAAUCAGCCUGAACGGGUGUAAACGACAAAAGAGUUGUGCAAGACGCCAGAGCCAUUAUCGGCGCCUCCGUGAAAAGAUGCGGAGUCGACUAUAUCAAUGCGCAUGAUACUGCGGCUCUACUCCACCAGCACGCGACAACUCACCUUGAAUCGUAACGUGUCUGAGCUGCCAGUCUGGUCCCGGAGGGCGGGCGCCCGACCAAUACACGCCCCGCAGCCCCGCCAGAGCCACCAAUCAGGGCGCAGUGGGGGCGGACCCAGCGGCUAAAUUCCCACACUUGGUUUCACUUUGCACUUGAGUGGAGCUCGAGCUCCGGGUUUUACGACGGCGACGGCGCAGGUGCUCGCGGUCUCAUCGGUGGAGGAUGCGUUCGGAAGGACAGGAGGGGGAAGAAAGAAGGAAAAUGCUCUAGAGAAGGUUCAUAGGACAUGAAUAAGCGAGUAUUAGCCGGAAGCCGUGCGGUCGAAGGAAAUCGAAUAUGAAAGAUUUAUUGAAAGGGGCACUUUGAGCUAUUAUUUCAGGUCGGCAAUAGUACUAUGAUUUGGUAUGUGGCCACUUUGAUAGCAAGUGUAUUCAGCACCAGAGGAACGGCAGCUCAAGGUGCCCACGGUCUGCGAGAGGAGCCGCAGUUUGUGACGGCGCGGGCAGGAGACAGUGUGAUCCUGGGAUGUGAUGUGAGCCACCCGCUCAACGGCCAGCAGACGCCAUACGUGGUGGAGUGGUUCAAGUUUGGAGUGCCCAUCCCUUUCUUCAUCAACUUCCGCUUCUACCCGCCACAUGUGGACCCAGAGUAUGCUGGUCGAGCCAGUCUGCAUGGCCGCGCGUCUCUGCAGAUUGACCAGGUGCGAUCGGAGGACCAGGGCUGGUACGAAUGCCGGGUGCUCAUGCUGGAACAGCAGUAUGACACUUUCCACAACGGCAGCUGGGUUCACCUCACCGUCAACGCGCCCCCUACCUUCACGGACACGCCCCCGCAGUAUGUGGAGGUGCGGGAGGGGGGCAGCACCACUCUGACCUGCACUGCCUACGGGAACCCCACCCCCAUCAUCACCUGGCUACGAGAGGGGCAAGAGCUCACCACCACCAAGAAAUACACGGUGAGCUUUGGGAGCCUGACGGUGCUAGCAAUCACAAGGGAUGACCGUGGAGCCUACACCUGCCGUGCUCACAGUGCAGGGGAGGCGCUACACACCACCAGGCUGCUGGUCCAAGGACCUCCAUAUAUCGUGUCACCACCUGAAAACAUCACUGUAAACAUUUCCCAGAAUGCCAUGUUCACAUGCCAAGCUGAGGCGUAUCCUGGCAACCUGACCUACACCUGGUUUUGGGAGGAGGAUAAUGUCUACUUCAAGAAGAGGGCCUACCUCACCGUCCAAUAUCCUGCCCGCGUGCUAAACAUGCCGGCGGUCAUCUACGUCCCACGGAAACUACCCGGAGUCAUACGCUGCCCGGUCGAUGCCAACCCACCUGUCACGUCUGUGCGCUGGGAGAAAGAUGGUUAUCCACUACGAGUGGAAAAGUACCCCGGCUGGAGUCAGGCACCUGAUGGGAAUAUUCACGUGGCAGAGGUGACGGAGGACUCGCUCGGCACCUACACCUGCGUGCCUUACAACGUGCUGGGAACCAUGGGCCCGUCGCCCCCAGCCACACUGGUGCUAAAGGAUCCCCCUUACUUUAAUGUGCGGCCCGGGGGCGAGUACCGUCAGGAGGCUGGUAGAGAGCUGGUCAUCCCCUGUGCUGCUUCUGGAGACCCGGAGAUCCCCACCAUCGCCUGGAGGAAGGUGGGGAAGCCCAGCCGGAGCAAGCACAACGUGCUCCCGAGUGGCAGUCUGCAGUUUGUGUCCCUGGGCAAGGAGGACCACGGGGAGUGGGAGUGUGUGGCCACCAACGUGGUGACCAGCAUCACGGCCAGCACACGGAUCAUCGUCAUCGGUACGAGUCCACAUGCCCCGUCCAAUAUCCACGUGAACGCCAUGAUGACGUCGGCGAACGUAUCGUGGGAGCCUGGCUACGACGGUGGCUUUGAGCAGACUUUCUCCGUCUGGUACGGCCCUGUGGUGAAGCGGGUGGACUUCGGACCCCAUGACUGGCUGUCGAUGCCCGUGCCAGGCACCCAGACCUGGCUGCUGGUUACAGGCCUGGAGGCCCGGACGGCGUACCAGUUCAGUGUGCUGGCACAGAACAAGCUGGGCACUGGCCCCUUCAGUGAGGUGGUCACUGUUAACACCGUAGUCUAUCCCUUAAGUACGCCUGAACCACUGGUGCUUCUUACACCACCACGGUGCCUCACAGCCAACCGCACACAGCAGGGCGUACUCCUCUCCUGGCUCCCACCGGCCAAUCACACCUCCCCCAUCGACCGCUACGUCAUCGAGUUUCGUUUGGGCGAGAGGUGGGAGGUGCUUGAUGACCUCAUCCCCGCUGCCGAGACCGAGAUCAUGGCCAGAGACUUGGUCCAGGACGCCUGGUAUGAGUUUCGUGCGCUGGCUGUCAUGGAUGAACUCAUCAGUGAGAGCAGUAAUGUAGUCGGAGUGUCGAGUACAGACCCCUUCCCCCCCACGGAGAUGGCGGAUGAGAGCCUGGCGCGUCCAGUGGUGGCGGGCAUCGUGGCGACCAUCUGCUUCCUGGCGGCCGCCGUCCUCUUCAGCACGCUGGCCGCCUGCUUCGUCAACAAGCAGCACCGACGCAAGCUCAAGCGCAAGAGAGAUCCUCCCUUAUCAAUCACCCACACCAGGAAGAGCAUCGAGACACCGCCUCCUCUGUCCCCUCUGCCUGGCAUUGAGCCCUACUGGGAAGAGCCAGACAGGAGCAGCCUCAGGGCCCCUUCCGCCAGCCCCCAGCUCUCUUCGGGGAAGAUCAGUCCAGAGAGCAUCCCCUCCUCACGCCCCCCCUCUCUGGCCAGCAUGGGCCCUCCCGGCCUCUACGUGAAGCAUCUGCCCAGCCCUAAGAAGGAGAAGGAGCUGUCCCUCUACAAGAAAACCAAGCGAGCAAUAACCAGCAAGAAGUACAGCGUGUCCAAGCAUGAGGCCGAGGUGACCACACCCAUCGAGCUGAUCAGCCGUGGCCCCGACGGCCGCUUUGUCAUGGAUAUGGAGACCGAGGCCUCUCUCCGCACGCGCCGCAUCCAGGGCUUCCCCUUCGUGGAGGAGUCGGACCUGUACCCCGAGUUCCGACAGUCAGACGAGGAGAACGACGAGCCAGGGCCCCUGCCCCCCGUCAUGGCCACCCUGAGGCCCCAGAUCUCCCCCGUGUCCUCCAGCCAGGAGUCCUACUCGCAGCCCCCCGCCUACAGCCCCCGCCUGGCCCACCGGCCGCUGGAAGGUAUGAGCAUCUACGAGAGUAGCGGCCUCCAGGCCACCGGCCAGAGCCGCGUCUCUCACUUCCACAGGCUCUUCCCUCACGGGCCCUUCUACGGUUACCUAGGUAGCGGAGUGGGCGUUGGCAUCAGCGGAGAGGCAGAGCUGCAGCCGCCCUUCUACCUGCCGGAAACCAGCUCGCGUAGCUCGGUGGCCUCCUCCACGCCGCCACCAGAGGGCGCCUAUGCGCAUCCCCGCCUCUCCCUGGGGGACGGGCGAGACCUGCGGGGCCACCCCCACUACUCCUCAGGCCACGCCCUCCCCCUCAGCCCCUCCCCAGGCCCGCGCUCCCCAGAGCUCUGGCCGCCUCCUGACUUCCCCUUCCUAAGCCAGGAGGGGGCACGCCUGCUCCUGCCCCCCCACCACCGAGCCCUGCCCCCCGACCUGCCCCCCUACCCACCUCCCCCUCUAGGUGCUCCCCCCUUCUCCUCCCUGCAGCUCCCCUCUGCCUUCCUGCAGCUGGAGGCUCCUAAAGCGCCCCUUGGUGGCCGCUCCCCAACCCAGCCCCCCCUUCAGGGUCCCCCGAUCCGGCAUGUAACUAUGCAACAGGCAGCGAGUAUGGGCACGCUCCGACACACGUCGCAUGGCGUGGCCGUGCCUGUGCUGCCGUACGCUGGCAUGCGAUUGGGCAGCCCCAGCACGCUGCGCAGCGACAGCCCUGAUACCUGGCGUCCGGAGGCGGAGCCCUGGCUGAGCCCGCGGGCGGCCCGUCGUGCUGACUCCGGCCAGCAGGUGGUGCUGCAGCCCUCACGCCUCUCGCCCCUAACCCAGCCCCCCAGCUCCCACGCAGGCUCCCCCGACAUCCUGGUGAGGCCCCCGCCCCCUCGGCCCAGCAUCCUGCGUCCCUCGCACUCGCAGGAGAUGCCCGAGACGGCGCCGCGCCACCCUCCUCUGGCACGUGUCAGCUUCUCGCAAGGCUCCUCCCCUGCCUCCUCCCCCACGCAGGGCUCGGCUCACGGCCACGCACGGCGCCCCAGCCCUUCGUACCACGCCCAGAUGGCCUACGCCACGGCCUCAACCAGCUAUCCCUCCCAGUCCCCCUCACAAUCGCCCUCCCCGCCCCCCCUUGGCGCCCAGGGCCCCCCCCAGCCGAGGACGGACGAUGAGAGGCAGCCCUCCGAGCCGUCUGCGCUCCAGCUGGCCUCUGCAGGGGAGCCCGUAGGGGCUGAGGCCAUGCAUGUCGGGUCUGAGAGGUCCCAAACUCUGCUUUACCCCCCGGGCAAGACCGGCUCCAAGGAAGGCGUCAAUAACAACAACAACUCCAGACCCCGGAGGAAAACAGAUGUGAGUAGCUCUCAGACCCAGCAGUCAUGUGUGUCUGAGGCCCCUGUGCAGGAGACCCCGCCUGCGGACCCCAGCUGCCCAGAGGAAAAGAGGCCGAGGGGGGCGAGGAUGAGGAGUGCCCUGGCGCUGUGGGAGAAGAGGAAGGCCCCCUGUCGGCAGCUCUCGGCCCUGCUGCCCCUGUCCCUGCCCCGGCCGCGGCCCCCGCCACAACAGCCCCCCGAGGAGCGCAAGGCCCUGCUGGCCAGCAUGGACCCCCACCGGCCCGACUACGGAGCCCUGCUCUGAGCACGACCAGCACUCCACCGGCGCCGGACCUGAGCCGAACUGAACCGACCCAUCCCCACCCGACGCCACCGC